CCGCGAGCUGUCACCGGGAUCGGCGGCGGCGUGGCGGCGGCACAGCGCCCGUAGUGGAGCCGCUGAGGAGGGUCGUGCAGCACAAUGCCAGCUCUGCCCCUGGACCAACUCCAGAUCACCCACAAGGACCCGAAGACAGGAAAGCCGAGGACUUCACCAGCGCUGCACCCCGAGCAGAAGGCAGACCGGUAUUUUGUGUUAUACAAACCGCCCCCUAAAGACAACAUCCCCGCCCUAGUGGAGGAGUACCUGGAGCGCGCCACCUUCGUAGCCAAUGACCUCGACUGGCUCCUGGCCUUGCCUCACGAUAAAUUCUGGUGCCAGGUCAUCUUCGAUGAGACUCUGCAGAAGUGCCUGGACUCCUACUUGCACUAUGUGCCCCGAAAGUUCGACGAGUGGGUGGCCCCCACCCCUGAGGUUGCAGAUAUGCAGAAGCACCUACACCGAAGCAUUUUCCUCACCUUCCUCCGCAUGUCCACUCACAAGGAAUCCAAAGAUCACUUCAUUUCCCCCUCUGCAUUUGGAGAAAUCCUCUACAAUAACUUCCUGUUCGACAUCCCAAAGAUCCUGGACCUCUGUGUGCUCUUUGGAAAAGGCAACUCACCACUACUCCAGAAGAUGAUAGGAAACAUCUUCACCCAGCAACCAAGUUAUUAUAAUGACCUGGAUGAAACCAUGCCCACCAUCCUUCAGGUCUUUAGCAAUAUCCUCCAGCAUUGUGGAUUGCAAGGGGAUGCAGGCAGCACCACACCCCAGAAGCUGGAGGAGAAAGGACGCUUGACACUCAGUGACAUGCCACUCCUGUUACUUCUACCACGUCUGGUGGUGCAGCAAGAUAGAAGGACAGACAAUUAUUUGCUAAAGCAUUUGGUAAGAUUCUGCAUCUGCAGAUUUAGGAAGCCUAAGACACUAGCAUCUUUUUAUGAAGUGGCAAUUCCUGAAUUAGAGUCCGCGGUCAAGAAGAGGAGGCUUGAAGACAGCAAGUUGCUAAGCGAUCUGUGGCAGAGGCUCUCCCAUUCCAAGAAGAAGCUACUGGAGGUGUUUCACAUCAUCCUGAACCACAUCUGCCUUCUUCCCAUCCUAGAAAGCAGCUGUGACAGUGUUCAGGGCUUCAUUGAGGAGUUCCUUCAGAUCUUCACCUCCGUGCUGCAGGAAAAGAGGUUCCUCCGGGACUAUGAUGCACUCUUCCCUGUGGCCGAGGAUGUCAGCUUACUACAACAGGCCUCGUCGGUCUUGGAUGAGACACGGACUGCCUACAUUCUCCAGGCUGUGGAGAGCGCAUGGGAAGGGGUGGACAGACGGAAAGCCACAGAUGCUAAAGACACAUCAGUGGCUGACGAUCCUACUAGAGCUUUAAAUGGGGUUCCAGUGACAGCACAAAUGCCAUCACAUCCAGAGAACUUGGAAGAAGCGGAGUGCGUGGGAGCAGCCGCAGCCCCUGGCCCUGCAGUGUGUGGUGUGGAGCUGGACUCUCUCAUCUCUCAAGUGAAGGACCUGUUGCCAGACCUAGGGGAGGGCUUUAUUCUGGCUUGCCUGGAGCACUAUUGUUAUGACCCGGAGCAGGUGAUCAACAACAUCCUGGAGGAUCGCCUGGCCCCCGUCCUCUGCCAGCUGGACCGCAGCCUAGACAGACAGGUGAAGCCAGAACCCACACCUCUGCUGGCAUCUCGUCACAAUGUCUUCCAGAAUGAUGAGUUUGAUGUGUUCAGCAGAGAUUCAGUGGACCUGAACCGGAUUCAUAAGGGCAGAAGGAAGGAGGAGAACACGAGGAGCCUGGUGAAUGACAAGCGGGAGGUGGUGGCCCAGCGGCAACGCUACGAGCAGUACAGCGUGGUAGUGGAGGAGGUCCCACUGCAGCCAGGCGAGUACCGCGGUGACGACUAUGAGGAUGAGUAUGACGACACAUAUGAUGGCAACCAGAUUGGUGCCAAUGAUGCAGACUCAGAUGACGAGCUCAUCAGCCGCAGACCCUUCACCAUCCCUCAGAUACUGAGAACCAAAGUGCCCGGAGAAGGGCAGGAGAAAGAGGAUGAUGCGGAAGAGGAGGAAGCUGAAGACGAUGCUCCCAAGCCUGACCACUUCGUGCAGGACCCUGCGGUGCUGAGGGAGAAGGCAGAAGCCAGGCGCAUGACCUUCCUCGCCAGGAAGGGGUACCGCCAUGACAGCUCAGCAGCAGUGGCUGGUGGUCCCCGAGGCCACGGGCAGAGUCGGGAGACCACACAGGAACGCAGGAAGAAGGAAGCCAACAAGGCAACCAGAGCCAACCAUAACCGGAGAACCAUGGCUGACCGCAAGAGAAACAAGGGCAUGAUCCCUUCCUGAGGCGCCUUCUCCAGGCUCAACUCCACCCGCAACCUCAGCCGUGCAGCCCCUAGAAGGCCACCUCAGCGUCCACCAGCCAGCCAUGAGCGCCUUCUUACAGACACACAGUGCCUUAUCCAUCCAUGGACGAGCCAGGCUGCCCAGCCAUGCUGGCAGGAGACCGACAGGGACAGAGCCACGAGGGCGGCACGCCAGAGCAGCACCGCGCCACUCCCCUUCCUUCCUGGACGGCAGGAACCUGGCACAAAGGACCUGCGAAUAAAGUCGCUAACCCUUUUCCAGCAAUGACCCCUGGCCCCUGUGACCCUCUUUGUGUCAUUCUUCGGUGACGAUGCCAGCUCGAGGACAGAGGGCUCGAUGGUCCCCGGGCUUGUGCCAGCUUGCUGUCUGCAACGUUUCCUCACGUCACCCUGCCUUGCUGCGGGACUCGGUUGGUGCAGGGCGGUGGAAGGAGGUGUGGGUAUGAGCUCUGCGCGCCUUUCUCUCCGCUCCUCCCAUCCUCCUGGCUUCUGCCCCGGAAGUGGCUACUCCUUUCAGCCCUGUCUUAGACAUGAGUGAGGCACAGAGGGCUGAAGGUGCUACCAGGCCCAGCCAGGAAGGAGCAGAGCCAGGCUUGGACUCUCAGUCUACCCUCUGGCUUUCCCAAGUUCUAGAACCCUAUCACCUCCAUCAGGCAGCUGGCCCCAGGACACUUGGCCAGUGGCAGAGCCGGGACCAGAACUCAAUGCCUCAUGGUCAUACAUGAUCAUGAUGGGGUGACUUCCCCAAAUGGAGAGGCGGGAAGCUCUCACAUGCAGCGAGGAUGCCGUGGCUGCACCCUGUGAGAGUGGGCAGGACUCGCACUGGUCCCAAAGCCCCCUGGCAGCCCCGGCCAGCAGUUUCAGAACUGGGAGGGUCUGGGCCUAGGCCCGGCUGGACCCUGCCAAGUCACCCUGGAUGUAAGCACCAUUAUUUGCACAUGGUUAGGAUGAGCACAUGAGGCAGAUGAACUUGAUGAAUUGGUUCUGUUAGGCCAACUGCACAAGUGAAAAAUCAAUAGCCCUCCCUCUGUGGCUCACAGUUGUCAGUGUGUUGGAGAUGCAGAGCAGGUUGGGGGGGGGGAGUCCUCCCUGUGAGCUGCCAAGUGAGCAGAGACCAGACCUAAUUGCCUGGUAGACACUCUAACCACUCGCCCAGCUGAGUGACAGGGACCUAUUCUGUCUCCCCCAUCCCACCCCUCCCAAAGCUUCCCAAACCCAGCUCGUGUCCUGGAGCCCCAGCAGCCACACACCUUCACUUGACGAUCUACCUAGAAUAGCAUCAGGGUUCCCAUGAGCCUCCUGGACUAAAAGGACAGGACCUGACCACGUUUCAAAAUGUGGUCAUGGCCAGGUCAAGUUCAUCUCCCUCGAGGAGCUGUUGCUCUUGCUCUCCCCUUUCCCCUCUGGAUGGCAGUCUUCCAGAAGGCUUUGGAAAUAGUGCGGGGCAAGUGGGGUAGUGCUGCCAGGUGUGCCCUUUCCCUCCUAGCCUCGGUCUUCCUGUCUGCAGUGUAAGCGCCUUUGAGCAGAUGAGAUCCACAGAGAAGACCCUUUGUUGAGGCUAAACAGCUCAAGACAGUUCCAAGUGUGCAUUUAGCCACAGACACCCCCACCCCACACACACACUGCUGCUUCCAGGCAGGGAUUCACUAAGUGCCUUCCCUGGGCCCUGGCAGAGAUCACCAGUGUCAUCACCAAUGUCUCUGGGGAAAACCUCGUGCCUCGGAGAGGGUUUAGGACCAACCGUCCUUCCUAAUCUAUGAGAGGU